GUGAUUGAGGAUCAAAUUUAUCGCGCGGAAAAUGGGCUUUUAAUACACGUAUUUUUUUGUUGUUUGAAGGGCGAGGGGUUCUAUUAACAGGUAAAUUUAGUGAUUCAUGAGUGUGCUCUUUGUUUUCCCUAACAGUUGACUUUAAAUGAAAAAGUUCUCGCGCGCAUAAUUGAAAAUAAGAAUUCAUGAGCACGAGGCCCGUGACAGAGCGAUGUUAUCAAUCGAAUCACUGCAAAACAGAUUCCAGCGAUGAUUUCCAAUAGAACAGAAAAUGACGACAAGAAGUCUGUUUAGAUGUAAUUAUUAAGGCUCAAUUUAUCGUUGGUAUGAAUUUUAUUUUCCUUUAGUUUUGGCUGUGUAAUGUAUGAUAAUAAUUUGGAACAAGGGGAACUAGAUAUAAACCAGGGAUAAGUUGAUCGACAACUUCAGCAUUACACUACUCAUUUUGAAGGACAACAUAUACAGGUCGUGAGUGCCUGAUUCAGAUCCAGGUAUAAAAAUUAAUUCCGACUACUAGUGAGUACUAUGAGAAAAAUUCUGCCUUGUUUUUUAUAGAAAGAUGUAGGGGGAGGCAUUUUGCAAACUGAUGGUGUUUUAGUGAAAAUGCCACCAAAGAAGAAACCACUGGAAGAUGCGAGGAAACGACUUCAGGAGAAGCUAAGUAAUGUUCAGGAGCAGUCUGACUUCAUUUGUCAGUUUAUCAAUGAUCUGGCCAACAAGGUACACAGAAAAAAUUCAAAAUGUAUUCUAAAUUAAAAAGAGAACUAUUAAAUCUUACCUGUACAUGUUUAUACCAGGCACGAUUUACGGAUAGGUUUUCAGCGUAAGCUUUCGUGUAAGCGGCUUACAGGGCUUACAACCUUUUAGGUUAUAAAUUUAAAAAAAUAAGGGACUGAAAUUUUCUUUGAAAAUAAGGUUCACUGUUAUUUCAAUUUAGCUAGAUUUCUUCAACUUAACGUGGUUGGCAUGGUAACCUCACUUAUACGUGUUCAAACUCACCUCACCAUGACCCUCCACCCACUCAAUUUUUUUAUUACCCUCAUCCAUUAGCCCACCAGCGUACGAACUAUACCGCCUCAGAAGGUAGAAACACUUACAUGAACAUGGCUUAGAGGGGUUACAGGCUUACAGGGCUUACAGGGCUUACAGGCUUACAGGGCGUGUUUGUAUUUCAACAGUUUACCGUCAUCAUUGUUAUUGUUACAGUCAAACCCUAUUAAUAUGGACAGUAAAGGGGCCAUAUAGAAAGUGUCCAUAUAUGUGGGGUGUUCAUAUUAACCCUUUAAGCCCUAAGAGUGAUCAGCAUCAAAUUUCUCCUGGUAAUAUCAUUGCUUUGUAAAAUAGAGUGGUCAUGAGAAUUACGGACAUGGUCAUGGAAGAUGAUUUUGCUUGAUAUUAUAUGAACUUCUCCCCACUACUUCUGUAGGAAAUGAAUAGGAGCAACAAAUGAGAAUUCAAAUUUUGAUCUUGGUGUUUAAAGGGUUAAGUGGGUUGAAUUUAGAGAAAAUGCAAGGGCUUUUUCCCCUAGGGACAAAGAAAACUGUUUGAGUAUUGAGGUGUCUGUAUUAAGCAGGGUUUGACUUUAUUGUUAUUGUUCAUUUUUUUGUUAAGUUGUCUUGUUUUCCUUUCAACCAAAGGCAUCUAGUCCAGCCAAGGAACUUCUCAAGGAGAAAGACCGCAAGAGGUUUUUCCAGAAGUAUUCUUCAGUCAGUCAGGAAUUGGAAAAGUGUCUGGAUUGUCUGUUAUUGAUCAGUGAUUCUGUCACAGCUUUUGAAGAGGAAGACAUCUUGGGUAAUGGAUAAUUAUUAUAUAUUUAUUUUUUGUUUAUAGGAGUUUUAAACUGUAGAUACAGGGCUGAGGGAGGGCAAUAGGGACCGGAGGGUAGGGAAGCAGAGCUCAGGGACUGCAGGGUUGAAUGCUGGGCUGAGGGAGGGCAUGAGUGACCAGACAGCAGGGAUGUGUGGCUGAAGAAGGGCAUGAAGGACUGGAGGUUAGGGAUGCUGGGGUUGUGGAGGGCAUGAGGGGCUGGAGGGUAGAGAUGCUUGGCUGAAGGAUAGCAUGUGAGACUGGAGGGGAGGGAUGCUGGGUUGGGAUAGGUCAUGAGGGACCAGAGGGUAGGCAUGCCAUUGGACUAAGGGAGGGCAUGAAGGACCAGAUAGCCUGCAAGUAAGCUGUCCAUUUAGGAAUAUAUGAAAAGUCACACGGAAGUAGCAUGUGAACACAGAUGCAAAAGCAAGUGGUGGGCAAAGAAAGGGAGAGCUUGCAAUGACAAUAUGCAACUAAACUUUGCCGAAUGUGGGCUGAAAUCAUACCAGCAGCCAGACAUGAUGACCAGGUAAUUUUUUAAAAUCGUUAAAUGAAAGGAAAAAAAGUAAAGCGUACUUAAUUUGUUAUAGAAGGUACUGGUGAGGACAUUGGUAGUUCUGCAUCUGAAUCAAGUGAUCAUCCUGAUCAUGAGCCCGCUGCAUCAAAGGACAGCAGCCUUGAAGCAAAAUCAGUUCAGAUAGCUGAUGAUACAAGCAAAGACAAACAAACUGUGCCAGGUAAGCAAAAAUAAUUUCUUAAUCAGUCUAUAUAUGUGUUUGUGUACUGUAUUCUUGGCCUUGCAUGUGUAAAUGUGUAGUCAUCAAAGAAAACAUCAUUACAUUUAAAAUUGCCAUUUAAAGACAUGAUUGAAAGAUUAAGCUUGGGACUUAAUCAAGAAACAGUCCAAUUCAUGGGCAGAGUGGAGCUUGAAAGUCAAUACUUACACAUAUGAACUCCAGCCCAACAUGCGAAUGCUCAACCUGUUAAGCCCCAGUUCUACAGUCACACAAAUUUUCUAGACUGAGCUCCUUGCAUUUCCUUAAAGAACUAGUUGAGAGAACUAUUUGGUGAUCAUUUUAUUAAUUCCCACAGUCAUUUCUUGUGAUAAUUCCUUGUUUGCCCCUCCCAAAUUUUGCUUAACUAAAAACAAUGGUUAUACAAUUUUGGUGGUGGGGGGGAUGCAGAGGGGUUAAUAAAGCUGUAUUAUGGGAGAUGUGCAAAAUGGGUAACUAGUGCAUGUGUUGAUAUUGUGGAGAGAUGAUUGGUGUUGGUCACUUUUGGAACUUUUAAAAGGGUUACCACUCAUGCAUGCUGCCUACUUUGUACAAGUUAUGCAUAUUUUAUGUUUAAUUCUUAAAUACCAGUACACUUUGAUUAUUUGAUUUUGAAGAAGUGCCUGUAGUCUAACUGGCUCUGUAAAUUCAUUCAAUAAUACAUGUAAAGUUGCAUCUGGAAGUGCACCCAAAACAGAAAAGGAAAAACAGACUGCUAAGUUAAAGGAAAGUGAGCAUGAAAAAGAAGAGAGUAUCUUGAAAAGAGUGCAUCAGCAGCAACUGGAUAAAGAUGGUGAGUUGUGUGGGUAGAGAUGGAUUGAAAUCAGCCGUCUUUUAAGUCAGCAGGGCUACACUUUAUGUCCUUUAUCUCUAAAGGGGCUACAGUAUAAAUUAUGUCAUGUUAUUUUCUAUCUUUCUAAAAAAGCUAAAACUGUUUUUGCAUCAAUUGGAUUAUUCCAAAAAUUGUGGUCCAGAUAGUUAUGUUAUUCAUGACUAUAUUUAGUCAUUGAAACUGUUUCUUGUCAUCUGUUGCAACGGAUGGCAGGGAUGGACAUGGAUUAAAGCUUAAAAAAAUUUGAGCCAGCGUUUUCAAGUUUUACGCGCAUUUGAUCAUAUUCGAAUGUUAAUUUGCGCACUAUAAGCAAUAAAUAUUAUUAUUAUUAUUAUUUUAAUGCUACAAUGUAUGCCUGCAAAAACUAUCAAAAAUAUGGUUAGUGCUUCCUGAUGAAAUUUGUUUAAUAUCUUCUUCAUAGCUCUACGGGAGCAUUUUGUGUAUGGUUAAAGGGAGAAUUAUUAUGACUUCAAUACAAAAUUGACCUAAAACAGUGAAUUAUCUCGUGACAUAACCCUUUCAAGCAGGGCUGUCAGUAAGGUUUCAAGUUGCCGGGUAUUUAUUUAUUAUCAUUAUUUGGUGUGUAAUUAUGCAGCUAGGACAUUUCCUUUUUACUUUUGUUUCCAAAUGAAUGAAAGUACAUGUAGCUGGAGAUCAUGCUCAUAGCUAGUAGCCAGGGGAAAUCCCUGAUCCCCACCCUUAAUGACAGCUCUGCUUGAAGUAGUAUGUUACAUGUACAUAAGACAGGUAUCAUCACAACCUUGAGGCACCAACAGCAAUCAGACUCCCUGUUUUUACCUACAUGGAGAUGGUAAUAAGCAUUUCACAGAAAUGCUUGAAUGGAAAAUCCCUUAUACACUAAAACUUACUCACUUUUCACAUGAUUGUAUGAUGAUCUUUUAGGUCAUGAAGACUCUAGGAGGAAUGCCAAAGAGGGUGUCACAGUACCUGACAAGUUGCAGCCUUCAGUUUCACAGAGUUCUUUGCUGAUCUCCGACUCAACUGAACCUGAACAAAAAUAUGAGAUUGCAACCCAAGCGACUCAGCCCAGCCAGGUUUCCAAGCAGCAAAAGAGCCAGUCAGAAUUGGGUGGAGCAGGGCUUAAUGAUCUCAGCAAACCAUCUCAACAAUCUCCCUCAUUGUCCAUCACAAGUGAAGCUUCAAAGAGUGGAGAAGGCCUCAAAAAGCUGUAUUAUGGGAGAUGUGCAAAAUGGGUAACUAGUGCAUGUGUUGAUAUUGUGGAGAGAUGAUUGGUGUUGGUCACUUUUGGAACUUUUAAAAGGGUUACCACUCACGCAUGCUGCCUACUUUGUACAAGUUAUGCAUAAUAAUUAUAUUUUAUGUUUAAUUCUUAACUACCAGUACACUUUGAUUAUUUGAUUUUGAAGAAGUGCCUGUAGUCUAACUAGCUCUCUAAAUUCAUUCAAUAACACAUGUAAAGUUGCAUCUGGAAGUGUACCCAAAACAGAAAAAGAAAAACAGACUGCUAAGUUAAAGGAAAGUGAGCAGGAAAAAGAAGAGAGUAUCUUGAAAAGAGUGUAUCAGCAGCAACAGGAUAAAGAUGGUGAGUUGUGUAAGUAGAGAUGGAUUUAAAUCAGCUGUCUUUUUAAGUCAGCAGGGCUACACUUUAUUUCCUUUAUCUCUAAAGGGGCUUCAGCAUAUGCCAUGUUAUUUUCUAUCUUUCUAAAAAGCUAAAACUGUUUUUGCGUCAAUUGGAUUAUUCCAAAAAUUAUGGUCCAGAUAAUUAUGUUAUUCACGACUAUUUAGUCAUUGAAACUGUUUCUUGCCAUCUGUUGCAACGGAUGGCAGGGAUGGACAUGGAUUAAAGCUUAAAAAAAUUUGAGCCAGCAUUUUCAAGUCUUAAUGCUACAAUGUAUGCCUGGGAAAAAUAUCAAAAAUAUUAUUAUGGUUAGUGCUUCUUGAUGAAAUUUGUUUAAUAUCUUCUUCAUAGCUCUACGGGAGCAUUUUGUGUAUGGUUAAAGGGAGAAUUAUUAUGACUUCAAUACAAAAUGGACCUAAAACAGUAAAUUAUUAUCCUCGUGACGUAGCCCUUUCAAGCAGGGCUGUCAGUAAGUAAGGUUUCAAGUUGCUGGGUAUUUAUUAUCAAUUUGCUGGGUAAUUGUGCAGCUACAGGACAUGUCUUUUUUACUUUUGUUUCCAAAUGAAUGAAAGUACAUGACUUUGUAGCUGGAGAUCAUGCUCAUAGCAGCCAGGGGAAAUCCCUGAUCCCCACCCUUAAUGACAGCUCUGCUUGAAGUGGUACGUUACAUGUGCAUAAGACAGGUAUCAUCACAACUUUGUAGCACCAACAGCAAUCAGACUCCCUGUUUUUAUCUAAAUGGAGAUGGUAAUAAGCAUUUCACCGAAAUGCUUGAAUGUAAAAUCCCUUAUACACUUAUACUUAUUCACUUUUCACAUGAUUGCAUGAUGAUCUUUUAGGUAAUGAAGAGGCGAGGAGGAAUGCCAAAGAGGGUGUCACAGUACCUGACAAGUUGCAGCCUUCAGUUUCUCAGAGUUCUUUGCUUACCUCCGACUCAACUGAACCUGAACAAAAAUAUGAGAUUGCAACCCAAGCGACUCAGCCUAGCAUGGUUUCCAAGCAGCAAAAGAGCCAGUCAAAACAGACUCAGUUGGGUGGAACAGGGCUUAAUGAUCUCAGCAAACCAUCUCAACAAUCUCCCUCAUUGUCCAUCACAAGUGAAGCUUCAAAGAGUGGAGAAGGCCUCAAUUUAAUAUCUUCGCUUGUGGAUGCUGAGUCGGCAAAAACCCUAAGUACCCAAACCUUAAGUGAGGAUGCUUUGGCUUCCAGGUCGCGCAAGAACUCUAAGAGAAGGGGCUCUUGCUCUUCAACAAGCACUCUGUCUGAUAUUAUUCAGGAUAUCAAGAUUUCUCCACGAGAAGCUAUGGUGGCAGCUGGUGGUCUGUCAACAGAGGGUAAGUGUAAAGUGCAAGUCAUAAAUCCUCUAUGAUUUGAGAACUGUAGUUAAGUUUUUGAGGCUACUGAUUACUAACUUGUAGUUUCGUUUUGUCAUAGUACAACUAGCGUCAUACCCAUUCAAGAAUGGUCAGCAGCUUAAUGUUAUUGUCACUGAAGUGCUUAGUCCAUGGGAAUUAUGGAUCCAACCAGUAGGAACUCAGUUAGAUAUGCUUAUGGAGGAAAUGUGGUAAGUUCAGAGGCCUGACUAGGGAGGAUUUCCACUGUUGCAUAAUUUUUACAUGGUUUUGCCCUAAAUGGAGGCAAUGUAUGAAGUGGCACUUGAACACGUACAUGAAAAUGUUGAGCAAGGCUCAGAUUUUGCCUUUGCACAUCACCUUUUAUACAUUGCCUCUAUUUUAUUUAUGUGGGUAAAUUUUACACUCAUACACACUUAGAAAAUUACAUGAUAGUGGAAAUCCACCCUUAAUGGUGAUGUCUAUAGGAGGACAUUGUACUAAGGGAAGGGUUGGAGGAAGAACUUAAUUUUUAGUUGUUUGACCAUUUGAUACUACUGUACCUUUGUGCUACAGAAUCCCAAUUGCUCCCUUUCUCCCAUUUCCUUUGAUUCCCUUCCCUUUUUCCUAUUCCAUUGCUUCAUACCUUACCAUCCCUCUUUGUCUCUCCCUUUCUUUCUUCUCUUCCACAUCUAUUUCCUUCCAUCUCUUUUCCUUCCCCUACAAAUUCCAUCCCUUACAUUAACCCCCUCCCUUCUCUUCCAUUCAUUUCCUUGCAUCCCUUUACCAUGUUUCUUUUCAUCCGUUCCAUCCACUCCCUUCUAUUCUUAUCCAUUUCCUUGCAUCCUUUUUCCGUGUUCCUAACCUUUCUACACAAAUUCCAUCCUUUGAGCCUUUCUUCUCUCUUCCUUUUCCUUCUAACCCUUUACUUUUUUCCUUUCCCUACAUAUUCAUCCCUUUCUUUGACUCCUUUUCCUUCACUUCUCUUUGUUUCCUUCCAUCCACCCCAUCCACCUCCUUCUCUUCUCCUCCAUUUCUUUCUAUUCCUUUACCCUUUACCUUUCCAAGUCUAUUGCAUGCAUCCCCUCCACUCCCUUCCCUUUUCUUCCAUUCCCUCAUUCCUCUACUGUUUCUUCCCUCCUCAUGCCUCCUGUCUCUCUUCCAUUUUCAAGAUCUCUUCUCUUCCACUUCCCAUUUCCUUUCUUCUCCCCCUUUCCUCGUCUUUAAUCAUUUUGGUGUUUGAUUUACCAUUGCAGUAUGCACUAUGCUAAACUGGCAGCUGCUGGUUACAAGGGAGGCCUUAGCCUACCACCUUCCGUUGGAGACUUCUGCUGUGCUAAGUUUACUCAGGAUGAUACUUGGUACAGGGUCUUAGUAACAGCCAUAGAGGAAUCUGACAAAGGUUUGAACAUUCUUGCAGGCUAGGAGCAACUUCUGAAAACAGUUAAACACAUGAGGAUGGUUUAGAAACCCUAUUAACUGCCAUAUACAUUUACUAAAAUGUACAAUGUAUUGGUCACUGUAUAUUCAGUAAGUUAAUUCAUACCAUAUAAGUGGAAUGAGGUCUAAAUUAGCGAAUAUCUUUCUGAAUUUGCAAACUGCACAAUAAUGGUUCGUCACGGCGGCCACAUUGAUAUUCCCAAACAGAGAAAUAGCUUUCGUGUUAGUGUACCAAGCCAGUUCUGUGGGAGUUGAAGUCUUUUCGUUUGUAAACGCUUUCUUUUGUUUCAAAAAAUUUGAAUACAACCAGUAGGUGUUGGCCAUGCAAGUGAAAAAGCUCUGUAUUAUACGAAACACUUCUUUCUCUGUUUUUCUUUUCUUAAAUUGAUGUUGUUUGUUUGUUUUCGCUUUUUUCCUUUACACAGUCAAUGUCAUUAAAAACAUUAUUAAAAAUAAUAGAACUUGAUACGUUUUUUGCGUCAAAUGGAACUCGGAAAAAAUCCCAGCACCAGAUGGGAUUUGAGCCCACGACCCUCCGUGAUCUAGUCGGAUGCUCUAACCACUGUUGAGCUAACGGAACUCGAUGGCGAACAAGGGUGAAAUGAGGGCACUCAAACUGCAUCACGUAGUCACAUAAUGAAACCAAGACAAGCAAAAAUAAUAAAAGUGGAAUUAAUUUUGUGACUGGAAGGAACGUAAAACAACCUCAGCUCUUCAGAUGAUAUUGAAUACAGUCAUAUAUAGAGAAUGAUACUGAAGUUUUAAAUCAUCAGGUCCUAUAGUUGCAGUGCUCUCUGUAGACGAUGGCAAUCGUGAAAAGCUUGAUCUUUCCCGCCUUCGACCGCUUGAAGAGAAAUUUUCCAAGCUGCCUUGUCAAGCAUUGUGCUGCGCGCUGUCAGGCGUUAGACCUGUAAACCCAACACAACCAAAUGCACCAGGUACACAUACGUGUAUAAGAUUGAUUUAAUAUCCGUUUCAUUGGGGCUAAACUCUGGAAUGCUAUUAAAGAAGAUCUAAAAUCAGCGAGUCGUUUUCGCUUUAAAAAGCUUUUAAAAGAAUCUGUCAACUCCAAAUUUAAUUGAUUGGUGUACUUUAUAUGCAGCUAAUUGUGUGUACAGCGGUUGUUUUGUCUUGCUUCUUUAUUUAUUCGUUUGUGUAUUUGCUUAUUUAUUACAGCUUAUAUAUUUCUUCUUUGUGUGUCUUUGUGUCCAUUUGUUUAUUUAUAACAAGUUCGAUAUCUAGUUACUUUUUCCGCGUGGCCCAGCCACUCAGCGCGAUUACCUCUUGCUAUUUCUGAGUGGCUGUGCUCUCUUUUUUUUUUUCACAAUUAUUUCCUUUUAAUGUCUUUACACUUUUUGUAUCAAGAGCACAAUAAAGAUUAUUGUUGUUGUUGUUGUCAAGUUGGGAUUUUUUCUGAAUUUCAGGUUUCAAAUCAUCAAUUUGGAGCGAAGAAUCUAUUGCCUGGUUGAAAAGUAGAGUUUCCGGAGUGAAAUUAACGGCAUUCCCGACCAGAGUGAAAGUUGGCAAGCUCGUAAUCGUUGACCUCUUUGUGUCCCCUCCAAAAAGUAGGAACGCUAGGAGCUCUGUUUCGUCGCAGGGCGAAUCUGAAGGCCUCCCUCAAUUGCAGUACAGCAUUGCAGAGAUGAUGAUACAUAUUGGUUUGGCUCAAAGAAUCGCACCUUCAGUUCCUGAUAAGGAUAGCAGCAGUCGAUCCGCCAGUUCAAGUCCGUUAUCUGCGGCAAGUUGCGAUUCUUUACCUCGCAGCGUAAGCAGUGUUAGUAUUGAAAGCAGUGUUCAUGAUAGUGCUGUGGCUGUUGGCCAGAAUUGCGAGGCUCUAAAUGAAAAAUGUGAGAAGAAAUGGACAGACGAGAGUGCGAAUACGGACACGUCAACUUGCUCUACUUCGUCCAAAGACACUGUUUUGCAGAGAGCUGUUCAUGUUGCGAAGAAAGUAGCGGAUGAUAGCUUAGAGGUUCAAGAUAAAUCUAUGCAAGAGAAAGGAAAUUCUGAAGAUGAUUACAUAAAAAAGGAAAGCCCACUGGAACAAGGAACUGAUGAUUGUUCAGGCUCUGAACCUAAUUUGGAAGGAGAAAAUCACGAAAAGUACAUUGAUGACAAUGACAUCGUGCGGAACGGUAAGAUACUUGCUAUCGUUAUUCGUUAGCAGAAACCACCAGCGGAAAAAUGAAACUAUAGUUGUCGAUAUUUCAAAUCACGAAAAGGUCUAAAGAAAGAGAAUUGCAGAGAUACUUGUGAGAAAUCGAUAAAAAACGAUGACACUGCCCAGAAACGCAAGAAGUUAUAAACCUUUAGUACUUAUCUUGUCCUAAUUUUUAAGCCUACACCUGGAAAACGAAAUGGUCGCUGCUGAGAUUUUUCAUAUUCAUAUGAUUUUGUCUUUUUGAAUAGCAAUUUUGAAAGGGAAAGUGUUCCGUAAAGGACUUCUUUGUUAUUGCACUUGUGGCUUGUAUAGAUGGUGCUUAAGUAUUCCAUCCUUGUUUAGGUGAGCCGGUUUUCUUGGAGGGCUAAGAAAAGCAUACGUCCGUUGUAACCACUUUUCAUAGGCCUUUUCUUCUCUGUCGCUUAGACGUCACAGUGCUCCCAGAGCUCCAGCCUGCGUCGGGUCCUGAAGAGUCGUUCAUCACAGAGCUCCCACCCAUGGAUGGCCCAGUGUGCCUUCAGAUGCUUAUGUCCCAUGUGGUGAGCCCCAGCGAGUUCUAUGUACAUCUUGUCACGCCAGAUGCGGGACUCCUUGAUGUUAUGAUGGAUGAACUUAACAAGUUCUAUGACGGUAAGUUGGUAGUUACAUGUAACUAUUUUUCACAGGAAAUGUUGAGGUAGCACUUCUGGAGGUCAUCCACAGACUCAAAAGUAAGAAACACUUUGUACAGCGUAAUAACCCAAAAACAUAGGAAAGUACUGCCCAGUAGCCUUCACCGAAACGGUUUUGAAUUGUAACACUUUAGAUUUUAUUCACCAAUCACAGACUCAAAAGUCAGAACCAUCUUCCACAGCAUAAUAAACAGUAUAACAGGAAAGUACUGCUCAAUGGCUUUCAUUUGACUGGUCACACUUCAGGAUUUUAUCUACAGACUCAAAAGUCAGAACCACUAUGUACAGCAUAAUAAACAGCACCAGAGGAUUUUAUUCAAUUGCUAAACUUAGAAUCCCCUCGUACAGCAUAGUUAAUAGUACCACAGGAAAGUACUGCUCAGUAGCUUUUGUGUGAUUGGUCACAUUUCGAAAUUUAGAUUGCCAGUUACCACUUUCCUUUCCCAACAGGGGACCCGUUUCCAGACAGCUGCGCGCCAAGGAAUGGUUACCAGCCCAAGGUAGGCGAAUACUGCUGUGCGCGGUUCAGCGAGGACGGGAGAUGGUACCGUGGCCUGGUAACAAGUUCACGUCAUACAGUAGACGAGAAGAAAGGACCAGUGUCUGCUCUUUGGGAUGUGCGAGUGUUUCACGUUGACUUUGGGAGUUCCGAGUGGGUCUCUGUCAAAGAUGUCAAGCCGCUUGUGACGAAAUUUCUGUCGCAGCCUGGACAAGUUGUGAAAUGUCGGCUUGCAAAUCUCAAACCCGAACGUCUUGAAGGUCAGUUGUAAUAGUUUUUUGCAGUACUUUUCUCUUGUUUGGAAAAGACGUUAACACAAACUGCUAUGUUUUCAACGUGUUGUUGAAUUAACCAAUCAAAGCUCACGACGGAGCUCUACAAGCGGGAAAAAUGUAUUCAAUGUUUAUCGUGGAAAAAUGCAACCUGUUCGAAGCCCGUGAAAUUAUUAUGCAUUACUUACCACAAGCGUGAUAAAACCGUCGAAGUCAAAUCGCGGUUGAUGAAUUGUUUACAAAACUCUAAGUUUGUUGUGAGGAUGCAUGACUUGAGCUAUUUUAUUUAACUCAUUAUAGAUUGCUUUAAAAACUUUUAAGUUUUCUUUUGCUCAUAACUACUAUAAUGAACAAAUUUCUGUGCAACAUUGUCACUUCAUUGCUAUAAAUUGCUCGAAGACUGUUCAACACUACUUACAAUUUUGGCCUUUAAACUGCUAAAUUUUCGUUUAAAACUAUAAAGAUACAGCCUAAGACCGUCCAUCGUGAACGUAGGGUUCUUGCUUGAUUUUCAAGGGACUAAAUGCAGUGAUAGCCAUAGAUUAACAAUGUUAUCUUCUUUCUCAUGCCACUGAACCGGAAUUUGCCGCAGACGUUGCUGACAAAGUUAUUGACGAUCUGCAGUGAGCGUGCCAGAUUUUCCGGACAAGCGAUUUCAUUUUCACGCUCUAUAGACAACAAACAUAGUUUUCUGAAAAAUUCGGGUUUUUGUUGAGAAGUAAGAGUUUUCUCUUGCAAAAAUGAGGUCAAUGAAGGCGGGGAGGGGCGUACCGAAGUACUAAUGAGGGAUAACCCUCCCCUGAGUUCCGGACCUCGAUAUAUGUUAGUGUCAAACUACAUAUAUAUAAUGAUCGCACUGAGCACAGCUGCCCAUGUGGGAAGAAAUGUGUAACCCUUUCUUGAGCGCAUGCGCAGUUUGUUGUUAAGUUGUUGACUGGGAGCUUGACCGAACUUGUGAGAGUUAGGAGACUUGAUUUGCGUGUAACUUUUCGUAAGUUUUGAAUGGCUCGAACUUCCUCUUACUGCAUUUUAUUUUAGAACGUGUCUCUUUUAAAAGGUGGUGAACGAUUCAGUCCCCUCUAAUUUUCUUCCCCUUCGAUUUUCUACAAAAGUUCACCGGUGCAGACGCCAUAAGAAAUGGUAAAGGCAUUUUGGUUUUCUCGUAAUUUUUAAUCCAAUUCAUCGUGUACAUCUUUUGCGGCAUUGCUAUUUGUAUUGAUUCCUAGUGUUCAAUCGAUACCACGAUUUUUUCUCGAAACAACGUAACCGAAUUCAUGGGCACAUUAUAUUUUAUUCAACCAUGAAAAGGUGUCGAAUGUACUCCCAUAAUCAAGAUCUGAUGCGACAGUCUGCAUCUUUCAAAGCCGAUAAAGCGAACGGAGAAAAGUUGGCAUUUUAUUCCUUCCACUAACUUUUUUAGUCUUCGCUUUUACUGUAAAAAAUAAUAGACCAGUUUGUAAGAGCGCUUUUCUGUUGGCAAAUAGACUUUAAGGCCAAGUAAACAAAGCAGUCUUUCUUCGUAACUUGUCGCGCAACCGUGUGAAAGGGAAAAACUGCAUUCCGAUUUUGGUAGCGUAUUAAUAUACGCGGAGUGAAAAAGAAGGCGUCGCUUCUAGUCUUUCUACAACAUAUGGAAGUUUGUUGCGUACGUAGAAUAUCAGAUAUAAGAUGGCUUUGGUCGGUAGCUUUUAUUGCAAAAGUAACACAGUUGGCGUUCAUGACAACAGCUGAACUACAAAAAUGCAAAGAUAUGAUUCCGUCAAUGGAGUAAGCAAUGCGAGGAAAAAGAGUAAGGCCAUUUUAAAGUUGUCAUUAGGGCUGCCGGUAAAAUAGCGCGGCUUUGUCUCUCUCUCUGUGAUUUAGAAGAAGGGCGAUGUUCGAAGUUAAGAAGCGCUAAAGCAUUUUAAUGUUAGUAUAGAACAGCACUAGAUUGUAAUGUGAAGCACUACGUUCUAACUGAUAUAUUCCCAAGGAUAACACCUCUGGAAAAACUUUGAGUAGAAAGCACAUAAAAAGCUAGCAUGUUUUUAGCAAGAGAAGAAUCCUAUCCUCUUUGACGAAGAAAUACAAUAAAUAAUUGAAAAAUGGGUGAAAUAGGUAGCGUGAUUCUAUGUGUCUGGCUGGGAAGAUAAUUCAGUGUCAUAUUGUCAUAAGAAACGAAAUAUGUAAAAUAAUCUGAAUCUUCUGAAAAAGGGAAAAACCCCUAUUCUACAUUCAGUGAUGACGUAAUUUAUGCACAGCAUACAUUUAUAAUGAAUCAGGUGGUCCACCAAUUGGUGUCAGGUGGUCCGCUCAAUUAUUAUUGUUAUUUUUUUUUCUUUUGCAAGAUUUUAGUUUUUUUUAAAGAAAACCUCGAACGGGUGCUUUUUUUAAAACUGUCUAUUUAUGAGGCCAGAAGGGCUCGACUGUGAAACUCGGUUUUUUUCUCCUGAACAUUAUAAUCAGCAGGCAAAAGAGAUAGUGAGCUAUGUUUGUAAAACGGAAAUAUCGGAUCAAUGUAAAACUUGACCCCCAGGUUAUCGAAAGUUGAGAUUUUACACAUGAUUCUCCAGUUUUGACAGUGAAAUUAAGCAAAAUGUUAAUUUUGAUAAGUUAACAGUCCCCGUGCCGGUAGUCCAAAAACAAAAUGAAAUCUUGGGAGACAUCGGCCUGAAGCGAGCGGAUAUGAGCUGUUUGCACCCAGAACCAACAGCUAAAUAUCUCCUCUCUAAACAUGAAGCAAGGAUGAUAAACUUCUUAGUUGAACAUUGGCGAGUUUAGGCCUAAACCUAGGUUUUGGAGGCUAUUUUGUCGGGUAGGAAACCGAAUGAGAAAUAACAGUGCUUGUACGAGAAUCUAAGUCGAAUAAUUUUCGUAAAGCGGCUGUUCUGAAGAAAGUAGCAAUUGUAAACUAAAGCCACACAGCAUGGGAUUCUACUAACAAAUUCUAGGGGCCGUCGCUUGCUCCAGUCGCUUGCUUUAGUCUUUGCAUAAAUCUGUCAGUAAUUUUUCCAAUAUAAAUUUUAGUCGGUAGGCCAAAACAUUACAGACAAGUCUAUAGAAAAUUUUAAAAAGUGUUUCUAGCGCAGGUAACGUCCUCAACUGCCUAAUAAUCACAGGUAGCCCAAGCUCGAAAUAUGAGCAUCGGCGAGCAUCGGCAUUGUUGCGUAACAUUCAAAAUAUAAGGAUUUGUAUGGGAAAAAAACUUACCGUUUCUGUAACCUACGAAAAUGAAAGGAUUUUAAUGCAAAAACAGCUUACCUUACUUAAAAUGUGUGUUACGUCUCUCCUGUGUGGUCCACGGGCCGAUUUAUGGCCGUUUUAUGAGUUUUUAUGUCAACGGUUUUCUCUCUACAUAUAUAAAGGUUACCUUUAUAUAGAGAGAAAACCGUGGUAAUAUGGCUUCUAAAACAGUGUUAAGGUCUAUUCUUCAAGUAAGGGAUCUAGACAUUUACUGAUGAAAAAUGCGUCUAUAGCUCACCCUCUUGUGUUUUGUCAACUUUCAGUUGUGCCAUUGGAUGGCGUUAACGUGGCUCCAAGCGUUUAAAUUCUGUUAGGUUUUCAAAGUCGCAUUUCUAAUUAGCUGUUUUUAAUCACGCAAGAAACAGCGAUGUGAAGUGAUUCCAACUCAUAACAUUAUAUCAUACAGAGCAAAUUUGGCGGCGGUUUUUCAAGUGAACCUUAGGAAACCUGUUUUGAAACUUAGUUUGCGAUUGGAGAGAACGAGCCAGAAGCGGCAAUUUAAGGAGAUCGUUUGAUCAAUUUAUUUACAGGAGAAAUUUCUAGUCCUAAGGCUUCGCUUUUGCUUAAGAUGAGGACUUUCAUAGAUGAAAUGAAGCACUAAACCUGCAAAAUCACAUAGGCAAGUUACCUGAGGAGUUUAACCAAAAAUAUAUAAAUAAAGUUAUAAAAGAACACAACCGUUGAAUUUCUGAAGUCGGUAUGUUCAAUAACGGACAAACUGUUGGCCACAGUGAGCAGGUAGAAUUCGCAUGAGAGCUGGUUGUUUUAGUAUCUUCACUUUUAAUCGUAAAAUAGAAUUUUUCUUAGUUAUUAAAAGCAAAAGAUGAGGUCAAAGAGCGGGGAGGGGGGAGAUCAACUGAUUUGUAAGUAGUAGAUAACCCUCCCCAAGUCCGGACCUCGAUAAUGUAUACCUUUAUUCUAGCUAUAUAUAUUGGUCGAAGUUAGACGGCUUUUCCUUGUGGUAUAGGUUUCUAAACUCUUGACAUCUUCGCUCGCGCGCGCAUGCGCGUUCACUGUAGUGGUGUUAAGUUUGUUUUACUUCUGUCGUUAAUGAUUGGAAGUAAACAGAUCAAAUGCUUUUUUUGUUAUUAUUAUUACGGCAAUAUGGACACACAUGGAGUUACCUUAAAUAUGUUGGAUGUACUUUGGAAGAGUAAUAUAAAAGCAACAAUUUUAAUAUAAGCCACGGGGCGAGAAUCGUUGAUGCGUGUGUGCUUUGGCGAGUAGAAUUUCUCGUGUCAUCAGUCAUGCGGCUGAACAGACGUUUUUUAUUUUAUUUUAAAGCAGCUAGCCAUGCAUUUGUUUUUAGAAUAAUCUCUCACAAGCGACCGUGUCUCGCCAACAGAACGCCAGUAAAUGGUGCAACCUAAUGUGCCAUGCAUAGUAAAUAGUUGAUAUCACGCAGUCCUCGGAAAAUUUUGGGUAAAUACAGUACAACCUUGUCAACUCCAACUCGGACAACUCGAAUACCCCGCGAACUCGAACUAUAUUUCAUUUCCCUUGAUCAAAACUUCACUGAAAUUUACCCCGAUAACUCGAAUUCCCCGCUAACUCGAACUGUUCUUCGUUUCCCUUCAGAGUUCGAGUUCCUGGGGUUCUACUGUACAUAUACGGAACAUACUAUAAUUGUAAUUAUCCACAUCGUUUUUCUCUUUGAAUCACACUUCAGUUGCCUCUUUUAUUCAGGAAGCGAAAAGCCUGCUGACAAAAGCGACAGUUCAGCGUCUGGAUAUUACUACGUUAAAUACAAUAAUCUUAAGUUUAUAUCAAAGAAAAUAUAAAAGAAAAAUAAAAAAUAUAUAUAUAUAAUCGAAAGUAGGUAGCUACAAUGUAGUAAUACAGAAUUGUUAUUGCAAACUUUAUGUAAAUUUAUCACGAAUUGCUCUUAAGAAAGGGAAAAACCCCCACUCGACAUUCAAAGUGACGUCAUCUAUUUUUGGAUGCAUCGAAUAACGGCGUCGCUAACUUGUACAUAAUUCAAGGUGGCCUUUGCGUUUAAGUCGUCCCAACUUUCUCUAAAAUGUUUUUAGCUUGUAAGGUGUUAUAGUUUAGGAGAGGGAUAAAAAGCUUUAACUUGUUAUUUGUUUUUUCUUUGAUCUAACUUGGGCAAAAUGCGAUGUUUAUAUGCUCAUUUAAGCGGAAAGGCUAUUUUUCUGUCACGCUUCGCAGUAGUUAUGGCUAUAACUUAUGCAGGCUUUUUCGUUUUGUUGGCUAGUUUUUUUUUUCCGUUUAGAUAUAUAUUCUUUUCAAAAUCUCAGCCCCAGGCUUAUUCUUAAAAUAUUCUAAAAGUUCUCGCAGAUUUCAAGCUCAAUAGUCUUAUAAAAUAUUAUACACCUUGAUGAAGGCCAGUAUAAUCGGUCGAAAUAUAGGUGACUUGAAAAUCACACUCUUUAUUUGUGCUGAGUAUAUUUUUACUAUAAAAACGUCUAUUUAUUAUGAAUGCCUGUGAUAGACUACUUCUUUACUGCUUUGAGGCUAAGGACGAAAUCCUUCGAAAUCAUUCAAACAGAACGCUUUAGCAGUACUUUUACAUUGUAUGUUAUUUUUUUCUGUACAGCAAAAUCGUGCUUUUCGUUACUGCUAAUUUCGGGGUCUUUUAGAGUGGUGGGGGGAGGGGGGGUGGUCACUCGUUCCUUUUUUUUUUAUUUUUUCAGUCAGAGAAAGUGCGUGGUAAUAUUUUCUUCUUCUUCUCUUUCCUUUUUUAAAUUAUAACCCUGUAAAAGCGAUUUUACCGUAGGUUUAAGAAAUCACAUCGAUAUUAUCGAUAUCUUGAAAUGGAGCAUUUAUGACAUUUCUGUUUCUCGACACAGAUUACUCUCAGACUGCAGAACAAAAUCCUUCUCCACAAACAAGUUCUGAGGUGAAAGUUGUUUCCAGUGCCGAAGAGAAGGGACAACUGUCGCAAGAAGAGAAGCCAUCCUCAUUCGUUGAGCCGUCGUCGAAGACAGAGCCUUCAUCUUCGUCAAAGUCUCGCAAAAGAGAUCGGCGAAAAAGAAAACGGCCUCCGAAGAUCAAUUUGAAAGAUCAAAUUAUAAGAGCCGCUGGUGACGAGUCUUACGACAGUAGUGAGUUGAGCGAGUUGGAGUUCUCUAAGAGCAGGGAGGAAGAGCGUAGAGGAGGGAAGCCAAAAGAAAAAGAUGUUUCCUCUGAUAAAAGUGAUAAAUCAGCUUUCCCAGUAGGUAGCUUUUUAUUGAACACUGCAUUAACGUAGAUAACGAAAUAAAUGGUUAACGUUCGAGCCUUGGAUGGCGCGUUGGGCUUCUAUUCGGUCCAGGAUUGAAAACUUGGUCGAAACAGACUGCUAAUCUAGAUCACCCUUUCCACUCUCCUAAAAAAAAUAAGGGGAAAUGGUGUGCUUUGGCCUUCGCGCGGCUUCAUCUUUGAUUUCAGGAGGAAGCGAGGGUGGGAGGCUAUUCCAUUUUAGUAAAAUCCAACUAGUGGUCUAUUAUCAAUGCUGCGUUCUGAUUGGUUGAGCUACUACUAGGCUAUAUGUUAUAGCCCCCUAGUAGCGAAAACCGCGCGCUUUUUGGCGGCAAAAAAGGCUUAAAGUCUAGCUUUUAACUCGCUAUUUUUUUUUUCUUGAUAUUUUUGACCAACUAGUUGGAUUUUACUAAAACAAUUAUUCCUCGAGCCCGAAUGGCCUCUGAGUCAAUAGCCCAUGAGGCCGAAUAAUAGAUUGCGAGCAGUCUCUUCAGUAUUUUUUUUUUAAAGUCACUCCCUUUUUGGCUAAAAGCGUGUUUAGUGCCUACGCCCUUACUCCGCCUGAGAACUCGACGGAUUUAAGACAAAAGCGGACUGCAAGCUGUCUAUGUGUAUAAAUGAUUACAUUGUUACUACAGUUCCACGCGGUCUCAAUUGACCCAGCUGUUUUAAUGGGUACAUCGUCACACUGACAUUUCCAUGAACCAUAAACUUUGCGUGAAAUGUGGUCCCUUCACCCUGUUGCAUGAAUGGGUCGUGGCGAUACUGCUAGUUAUAGCGUCCACACUUCCCCCCACCCCCCCGCAAAAAAAUAGACUAACAUCUGAUCCGGGGGAGACAGAGUAAUUAUAUUCCUCCUCUUGGCGGGGGGAUGGGGGGGUGGAGGCUGCGAAUCGUCAUACUUUGGGUUACUUAAUUGUACGGUUUUAAGUGCUUCUACGUUUAUUUUACUUCACCACAUAUGUUUCUUUGUUACAGGAAAAAUAUUUACUGCCUAGCCCGGAUGUGAGUCCGGAUAAAUCCUUUCCACUUCCUAUUCCUACUCAAACCCCUGCUGUUGACGAAGAUCAAUGGGUCAGCGGUGCGGCUGAGCUGUUAAGUGGUCUGACUGACGAGAACCGGAAGUUAGUUGGGUAUAUGGUUCCCUGGGAUCCCUGGGUCUACCAACAGCUGUUUAACCCUUCCGCUGGAGGAGCGAUGGUAAGGAACAUCCUCGUGUUGUGA